AUGACCAUGAGUGAAGUGGACAGAACAUCCGAGACUGACCAUGUUAUCGUCCUCACACCCGAAGAGAAGAGAGUUUUCGGGCAGCUUUUCCAGGCUGCUGACCGCGACGGACUCAGCGUUGUUACGGGAGAGCUAGCUGUUAAAUUUUUCGAAAAGUCUGGGCUUAACCCGAGAAUCCUUGGAGAGAUUUGGGGGAUCGCGGACACGCAAAACCGAGGACUGCUCACAAAAGUCGGCUUCAGUGUUGCUCUUAGAUUGAUUGGACAAGCGCAGAAUGGGCAGCAUCCUCGCCCCGAGCUGGCGCAACACCCUGGACCGCUCCCAGUGUUCGAGGGUGUAAACAUUAUAAAUACACCGGCGCCUCCAGUUACUUCUUCGCCGCCGCCGCCGCCAACGGCCCCGGUUCAACAGGCCCAACUUUCGGGUCCAGGAGGAGGGAUGAUAAGAGUUCCUCCUAUCACGAUUCAGGAUGUGGAGAGAUUCACGGGACUUUUCGAAAAGUCCGGGGCCCAGGAUGGUGUCCUGCCAGGUGAUGUAGCGAAGAGCAUCUUCCAACGUGCCAAGCUUCCGAACCAGACUCUAGGAUUGAUUUGGAACCUUGCCGACCGACAACACCGAGGCGUUCUCGGCCCAGCAGAGUUCGUGGUCGCUAUGCACUUAAUUACCUGUUCCAAGAAUGGAUCACUACCCGUAUUGCCUCAAAUCCUUCCCCCCGGUUUCUAUGAAGCUGCAGCUGGUAGAAUUCCCGCGCGACCUGGCCCAGAUCGGCGACAGGCCGGGAGAGGCGUUCCACCGAAUAUGCCUCCUAUUCCACCAAUUCCGAAGCAAUUUAGUGGAAACCUACAGCAACGUGCUCAGUCGCCUUUAUCGAGGCAGUUCACCCCUCCGGUUACGCAGGCUCUCCCUCGUCAGGGAACUGGGGAUUGGGCAAUUAAUGCUGCCGAUAAGGCUCGUUUUGAUCAAGUCUUUUUGACAAUUGACAAGCAGAAUAGAGGCUUCAUCACUGGAGAGGAGGCUGUUCCUUUCUUUGGAAACUCAAACCUUCCAGAAGAUAUACUUGCUACUAUCUGGGAUCUUGCAGAUAUUACUAAGGCGGGGCGUUUGAACCGCGAUGAGUUUGCUAUUGCUAUGCACCUUAUACGUCAACAACGCAACUCUCCUGGUGCAGGUUCGUUGCCUGAAGUUCUUCCUAUGAAUUUAAUCCCCCCGUCUAUGCGCCAACAGGUGCAAUUCUCACAACGUAUUGACCCCACCCAUGACUUAAAUGAAUCUCUUACUUACUAUAAAUCAGCUCUCCCAAGCCCCUACGAACCCCAAGCACCCCCAGCCCCACCCCUACCACCAAAGGCAGCUUCAGAUGACUUGUUUGAUUUGGACUUUUCAGGCACGCCAGCAUCAGCACCGGCGCCGCCAGCCUCUGCCCCUCCUCCAGCUUCGCUAAGUCCAUUUGAUACUGAUGUUUUUGGUAUGAAGUCCGCCCCGCCAACUGGUGCGACUGCUGGAGCUCCGUCGGGGACGGCUUCACAAGCUCCCAAUUUUUUUACAACCACUGCGCGUACAUUUGUCCCUACAUCUGGUUUUGGACAGGCCAUGAUUUCUCCUUCACAGACCGGAGGUUCUAGUACUUCUGCAACCGCAAAUCGUCCCGUACCUCCCAUGAUGGAUGAUUUGCUUGGUGAUGCCGAUCCGGAAGUUAGCAAGAAACUUACAAACGAUACUACUGAAUUGGCAAAUCUGUCGAAUAAUAUUGGCACUUUGACCAAACAAACUACGGAGCUGAAGGGAAAGAGAGCUUCUACUGAGCAAGAGUUAUCUGCUCUCAGCUCCCAGAAGGCAGCUAUUGAAGCACAGUUGGCUACCUUAAGAGCAGCUUACGAGCGAGAGGCGGAACACGCUAAAAAGAUGGAAGAUCAGCUCGCGGCUUCAAAGGCAGAUACCAAUAGGCUACGCAUAGAGUAUGCAUCAGUGGAACAGAAUUAUAAUGAGCUUAUAUCCCGAAAGCAGGAAGUUUCCUCUGCACUCGAUUCCGAUAAAAGAGAGAACGAGAACCUGUCUCAGAGGAUGAAGGCACUCAAUGCGGAAAAUAUUAAUUUAAGACAGGAGCUAGAGAGAUUACAAUCGCAGGCCAGACAACAGAAAGGGUUAGUAGCUAUCAAUAAGAAACAAGUUGCCACUGGAGAAAUCGAGCGUGAUAGGCUUCAAAAAGAUAUCGAAGAUACCAGGUCAAACAUUGCCAGUCCUCCUCCUCCGGGCAGUCCGACGCCUUCAUCUGCCAGCAUAAAUACAAACCCUUUCCAUCGUAGGUCACCGCCAGCGACUGCAGAUUCAGCAUUUUCACCCUCACCAUUUGCUCCGGGAGCUACCGCACCCCAGGCCCCGAGUCUAGAUGAUGUUUUUGGUCCUGCAUUUGCUGUUUCGCCAAUGCCAACUGGGUCUUCUUUGACCUCCUUCCAUAGGGCACAAACUGAGGCAAGUGCUCCUUCGGCUUCCGAGGGCGGAAACGCCGAACACUCAACCCCACCCACAUCCCCACCAGGGUCGUCAUACCAUGGUUCUCCUCAACUUUCUGAAGUUCCUCCGGUUUCUGCCGCGGUUCAGAUGAAUCCAUCCUUUUUACCAUUCCAAAUCAAUCGUGCAGACUCAAUGACCUCCUCUGUACAGGUUAACCCGCCUGCUAGCGCCCACGGUGGCGAUGAGUUUUCGAGACCAGAUACGCCAAACUGGGCGACCCCCAGCGAUACUCCGGCCAGGGAAAGAGAUGCAUUUGUUAAGGCUGAAGACAGGAGGGGUAGUUUCAGCGUAAAAAGUGAUGCUGGUACCGAAGCUUCAGCUAAGGUAUCGUUCCUUGAUGGUGGAAAAGAGAAGACGAACAACGAUAGGUCGCCAUUUGCCUCUGUUAUGCCCGUGGAGAAGAAUACUACUGGAAGUACUACUGGUGGUGAGAGGCCUGGUAUGAGACCAUCUGAGAAGAGAGACUCCUUCUCAAGUUACGGAACGCCAUCCCAGUCGAUUCCUGGCGCAUUUCCAAGCAUUGAAGGAAUGCAGGCUCCAAUCAAACCCACUGCGACUGGCGAAAGUACUAUGAGUAACAAGAGCAGUGGCAGUGGUAUUGGAAAGUCUGCAUUUGGGUCAAUGCUUGCUAACCGGGCUGAUCCCAAAGAUUUCGAUGAUGCAUUCAAGACCUUUUCUGUAAGGACCCAGGAAAGACAAAACACCGGUGGAUCCGCCACCGGAAGUUUGAGCGCCAGUAGAUUCGAUAAAGAAUUCCCACCGAUAGAGGAGGUUGGGCCAGAUGAUGAUAGUGACAGUGAUGUCGAUAAGGGAUUUGAUGACAAUUUCACUUCCAGCCCUGUUCAAACCCAUACCCAGCCGGCCACCACUGCCCCCCCACCGACAACAAGUCCUGCUCCAAUGGAUCAGGGUAUAUCUAGGCCGCCUGCUCUGUCAGCUCAGCAGUCCCCCCCUGCGUACACCCCUGGAUCAAAGGCUGGAGAGAAGAAUCCGUUCCCGGAAUAUAGCGGGCUUCUUCCCUCCAGGACUGAUCCUAUGAAGCAUGAGGGCACUACUCCUGGUGGAGGCACCAACACAGUUAUUUUCCCUGGUUCUGCUCCUACAUCCCCCCAACAUACCGGCUCAAAUGCCUUUGGUCAGAAUAAUUCAAUUUUCUCCUCAUCACCCUCCGGUUCAAAAGGUCAAUCGUUGAGUGCCAACAACACUGGAAAUGUUUUCUCUGCUUCGCCUCCGAUCGUAUCCAAGAGUCCUGCUCCUUCUGCAGCGAAUACAGCUCAACCGUCGGCUAACCCCAUUCCUGACGAAUUUGAUGAUGAGUUUGGAGAUCUAGCAGAGGCCAAAGAAGCUGACGAUAAGGGCGACGACAACGAUUUUGGCGGGUUUGAUGACUUCAACCCCGUGUUCGAUUCUCAAUCCAGUCAUAGCAAUAACCAUACAGCAUCCGGUAAUGCUAUGGACGCCGAUGAAGGCUUCACAACAUUCAACUUCAAUAUCGAUUCUCCUUCAGCGCAGACACAAAAACAGGGGCAGCAACAACAGCAUGAAGAGGACUGGGAUGCUAUUUUUGAUUCGCCGCAACCUCCGAGGACGCAGACAAAUGGAGGAACUGAGGAGACUUCUGGACAGAGUGGUACGGGCCCCGUCGAUGUCGAGGCUGGGGGCGUUGCCCUGGCUGGUGAGAGCGACGCUGCAUCAGAGGAUGCAAAGAUUACUGAGUUGACCGGAUUGGGUUUUGGCAGAGAGAGUUCGGUGAAGGCACUCGAAAAGCAUGGUUACAACCUCGAACAAGCGGCAAACUCCCUCUUUUCGGAAGCGGAGUCGAAGUAA